AAAAUGGCGGCAUUUACGGAGAAUGUUGUAAAGGUAGCCGGAAUUGCGGCUGCGCUUCCAUUUGUAGCCGUGGCGGCUGGUUUCAGACUGCGCUUUGUUCAAGCCAAAGAAGCCAACGGUUCUGGAGUCAGACGGGUGUACAGAGUCUGUGACCUGCCGGCAUACUCUGGGGCUGACACGGGAGACUUAAAGUGCGAUGGCGGCACCUCUUACCCAAGAAAUUCCCUUGAAGCAGGGAUUAGCACUGCUCGUCAGACAUUACAGGAAGUCUUUGGACAAUUUGUGCAUGUUGUUGACAACUCAAUGAAAAUUACAGCGAAAACUUCAGUGGCCACUUCCAUAGCUACAUACAGGUACCUGCGAGACAACACAGAAGAGUUGUCUCGGGCUGCUGUAGUGGCAGGCGCCGGCGUCGGUGGAUUCUUGUUUGCAAAUAAAAGUAAUCCAUGGAGAAGAUCAUUCUACGGAUUUAUGGCAGCGGUGCCCUGUGCUAUCGUGUGCUACCCCAGCAAAUUAAUGCAGCUGUUCCAACCAGCCAGUGACUACCUCAGAGAUGCCUGGGAGAAAGAUCUGCGGAACCAUCUAGAACAGAAAUACAGCCUGGGUGAACAGUGGCAAGUCGGCAAGAUUCCAAGGCUUCAAACAAGCGACAACUUUGAUACCAUCAGUCUAUCAGACUUCUAUGAACCAGACACUGAGAAAUUGAGAACCAUUGAUCUUUGCCGCGCAGAUACCGUUCAGCAGCAGGUCAGCACAGCUGAACUGUGUCAUGCAGAAACAAUCAGCACAGUUGACAACGUUGACAAGCUCAGCACAGGUGACUUUAACACCGGAGAACUUGUGGAAAAGCCCAACACAGACGUCGCUUUGAUUGAAGAACAAGUGGGAAAACUGAACACAGGUGAUUUGAUCACUGCAGAACAUGCGGACAACCCGAGCACAGGUGAUUUGAUCACUGCAGAACAUGCGGACAACCUAAGCACAAGAGACUUUUCUACUGUAAAACAUGUAGAGAUGCAAAGCACAGGCAACUGUUCUACUAGAGAACAGGCUGAAAACCUGAGCACAGGCGACUUUUCUCCUACAGAACAUGUGGAAAUGCCCAGCUCAGCUGAUAUCAGCAAUGCAGGAAUCACAGAAAAGCUUGCUGAAGUUGACGUUGCAAAAAACAUUGAAAAGCCUAGUUCUGAGGACUGCAAUGCUCAAGUUUUAGGUGAGCUUAGCCACGAGUACGGUAAUGCAGAAGGCAAACAGAAACACUGGAUGGUAGAAAAUUGUUGUUUGAAAGAUACGGAGAAGACAGCUAAAGGAAGCACUGACCAGUCAAAUCCCGAUGAUAAAGACAUGUACAGCACCCGGUCAUCAUAA